AUGGGUAGCAUUUUUAGAAGUAUAUUACCAAUUUGUUCUUCAAAAAAGGAUGUUGAUGAUGAUGAGUACAAUCUUGAGUAUUCGUUUGCCACAGACUACAUUGGUCCUCUGGUUUCUUGCGCUAUUCCUAAGGCAGUUCCUGUUAACGUUGGUGAUAUUUCAACCGCGUCUAUUAUGUCUACGCCUGCUAAUUCUGGUAAUUUAUCGUUACCGGUUAUUUAUCUUCUUGUUAAGAGAGAGGGUAAGUUCUUUUCACUCAAGGGCAGUCGUUUAGGGUCGGGUUCCAUAGAUAAUGAUGCAUACAUACCUGGUUCACCAGAGGGAGAAAAAUGUUCGGUUUCAUUAGGAUUUUCAGAGAGCCAAGAAAAUUCUCAAGACUUUUCAAUGAGCUCAGAUGUUGAUGGUUUAGGCAACGAUUGCCAUGAGAUUGAAGAUUUGCAUGAUACUAGUGAAGAAGAUGGAACCAAUGAGGAGAUACCAAAUUAUAAUGACACAACUCACAUGGUUACUUUUCGUGAACCGGAAUCAAGUGGCAUGGUUCAUGAGGAAAGCUACUAUAGUAGUGAGCCAAGAAUAAUGCAUCAAGAAAGGCCACAUGCUGAUCCCAACGUCAAGAAAUGGUUAUGUCAUCGUUGCUUUAAGGGAAAUCGGUUCACUAUUAAGGAAAGUUGCAUUGUUUGUGAUGCAAAGUAUUGUAGUAAAUGCGUGUUGAGAGUGAUGGGGUCAAUGCAAGAAGGUAGGAAAUGUAUUAGUUGUGUUGGGUAUCCAAUUGAUGAGUCAAAACGUGCGCAAUUAGGGAAAUGCUCAAAGGUUCUUAAACAAGUGCUCUCGGAUUUCCAAGCUAAACAAGUAAUGCUUUUUGAAAAAUCGUGUCAAGUAAAUCAAGCGCCAUAUUGGCUUGUUAUCGUGAAUGGCAAACCUCUUACUUUAGAAGAAGUGAUUGAAUUGCAAACGUGUGCCUACCCGCCAAAAAAACUUGUACCAGGAUGCUAUUGGUAUGAUAAGUUGUCUGGUUUAUGGGGAAAGGAGGGGUAUAAGCCUCGCCAGAUUAUUACUCCCGGAAUGUCAAUUGGCGGUUCCAUAAUGGAAAAUGCUAGCAAUGGAAACACAAAAGUAAAACUGAACAACAGAGUGAUCACUAAAGCGGAACUCUUUUUGUUGAAGUUUGCCGGAAUCAAUUGGAAAGGUGAACCUGAAUUUAGGGUAAGCCAUAAUGGAAGUUAUCAGGUAGUGGGACAAAACCAAAGGAAGGGUAAUAUAUGGGCAAAGUCGGGAAUCAAUUUUUGUUGUGCGCUCUUGUCGUUGCCAGUUCCACCCAAAUCUUUUAUCUCUUCUGAGAAAGAAUUAGUUAACAAUGGCUGUCAGUUUGGGCAGAAAAUAGCCACUGAUACAAAAUCGCUAACUAAAAUACUUCUAGUUGGUAAAGAUCAAUCUGGUACAAGUGCUAUCUAUAAACAUGCCAAGAUCCUUUACAAAGUUCCAUUUUCUGAAGAUGAGCGUCAAGAAGUAAAGUCUUUGAUCCAGAACAACUUGUAUCGUUAUAUCAGUAUUCUGCUCGAGGGUCUUCAACAAUUUGAAGAGGAUUAUUCAAGUCGCAUCGAAAGAAAACUAGAUCAUCAACGUGGCAGUUCAGCAACAGGAGGUUUGUUCGAUGAAGUUGAAGAAAACAUUUAUUCUUCAAGUACAAAACUGAAAAAAUUCUCUGAAUGGCUUCUUCAAGUUAAAAGAUCUGGCAAUCUGGAUGUUGUUUUUGCAGCUGCAGCUCGUGAGCAUUCGGUACUAGUUGAAGAACUCUGGAAGGACAAAGCCUUUCAAGCAACUUAUGCUAGACGUAAUGAACUUCGUGCACUCCCAAUAGCUGCUGAUUAUUUUUUACCUAGGGCGCCUGAAAUUUUAAGUAUGACUUAUGAGCCUUCUGAUAUGGACAUUUUGUAUGUUGAUGGCAUUACAUCUUCUAAUGGGCUUGCUUCAAUGGAGUUCUCAGUUCCCUCUACAAUAUUAAAUAGCGACAUCGAGGCCACUGAGCAGAAUAAUACUUCACCACAAAGGUAUCAACUGAUUCGAGUGAAUUCAAGCAACCUAGGACACAAUUGUAAAUAUCUAGACAUGUUUGAAGACAUAGAUCUCAUCAUUUACUGUGUUGAUUUAACUUCCUACAAUGAGUAUACCAUCAACAACAACUUAUUUCUCAAGAACAAGAUGCUAGAAAGCAAGGACACGUUCGAAAAAAUAGUCACCCAUCCAAGAUUCAAAAACAAAGCAUUCCUUCUAAUACUCAACAAGUUUGAUCUGCUUGAAAACAAGAUCAAAACUGCACCUCUUACACAAUGUGAAUGGUUUCAUGAUUUCAAGCCAUCCAUCACCAACCAUACAUAUAGUGCUACAAGCUCAAAAAGUAAUACUAACAGCCACAAUACUGCAUCCGUAGCGGAAUAUGGUUUUCAGUACAUUGCUGCAAAGUUUAAGAAGCUGUUCAGUGAGUUGACUGGCCGAAAACUGUAUGUUUCUCCUGUAACAGGGUUAGAAGGCGAUAGUGUUGAUGCAGCUAUUAGGUAUGGGAAGGAUGUUUUGAUGUGGGUUGAUGAAGAAAAUAAAUCCAUCUCUAGUAACAAUGAAUGGUCUACUCAAACUACAGAGACUACAUUAGAAGGACAUCAGAAAUAA